CACAAAAGGCCGCAAGAAUUCGGACGGAAAGUGGCUCUGAGAUGGGCAUCGGUUCUGCGGCGCUGCGCCCGCGGCCCCCUCGGGACUGAAAGUCCGCUAAGGCGGCGCGCCUCGCUCGGGCAUGGAGCCCGCAGGUGAAGACUGGAUCAAGAGAGAAGGUGAUGAAGGAACUCCCCAGCCAAGGGAUCCCCUGCUGGUCGAUGUGGAACAGCCGACAGAAAAUUUAUCUGAGGAAGGUGAAGAUUUCCUGGAGUCUAAGCCAUUGAAAACUCUGAAGAGGGAUUUGGACGUUCAUCAGAAUCCAUUCACAGAGGAGAUUUGUUUUGACUAUGAGAACAGCCCUCAGAAAAUCUACCCAAAUGACCGGCCGUUUAAGUGUGAUGUGUGUGAGAAAAGCUUCCGCCACAGUUCUAGCCUGUUAACCCAUCGAAGGCUGCAUACUGGGGAGAAACCAUAUAAGUGCACCGACUGCGGGAAGAGCUUCAACACCAGCUCAGCACUGAUCGUGCACCGCCGGACCCACACCGGAGAGAAAUCCUAUGUCUGUUCAGACUGCGGGAGGUGUUUCAGUGAAGGUUCGGUGCUCAUCAAGCACUGGCGGAUCCACACCGGGGAGAAGCCAUACAAAUGCGCCAUUUGUGGAAGGGGCUUCCGGCAAAGCUCCCAGCUCCGGGCCCACGAGCGGACCCACACGGGGGAAAAACCCUACGAAUGCCAGGACUGUGGGAAAUGCUUCAGCACCAGUUCUAAUCUCUCUGCCCAUCAGCGGACCCACACAGGAGAAAAACCAUACAUCUGCACUGAGUGCGAUCGACGGUUUGGUCACAAAUCACAUCUCAUCUCCCACCAGAAGACGCACACAGAGAAGCUGCAUGCUUGCUCUGACUGCCCAGCGACCUUCCGCAUGCUCCAUCAGCUCCUGGUCCAUCGCAAGUCCCAUCAGGAAGAGAGGCGCUACAAAUGCCUCCUCUGUGGAAAGACUUUCAGCUACAGUUCAGCCCUCUUGGCGCACCAGAGAAUGCACACGGGGGACCGGCCGUUCAACUGUCUGGAGUGCGGAAGGAGUUUUGUCCGGAAUUCAGACCUGAACAAACACCAGCGGAUCCACACGGGGGAGAAGCCCUACGAGUGUCCGGAGUGUGGGAAGCGAUUUAACCAAAGCUCCCACCUGGUUAGCCAUCGGAGAGUCCACAUGAAAAGCGCUGCAAAGAAUCCUGGGACAGAUGUCAGUGCUCCAAGGGGACGAGAAAUAGAGUCUUCUUGAAGAGCUCUCUUGGAACAUUUCUUUGCUGAACGUUUAAAUUAUUAAGGCUGCAGUCUCCUUACAUGAGAGUAAAUCUCAUCCCAUCCAGUGGGACUUCAUUUGUUACUCACAGGUAAUAAACCAGUAAGACUGUGGUGGGUGUGUUUUACUCUCCAUAGGAAAACAAAAGAAAAUUCUGCUCCAAGAGAUUUCAAAUGAUUCACUAAAUGACAAUAAGUUAUAUGGCCAGGAUACCUUAUGUAACAAGAUAUACGUUGGUUGAUGUAACUGUUUCUGUAGAAAAGAGCAAACACACCUGCAAGACCGGGAUACUAUUUUCUGGCCGUUGAGAAAUCUUGUUUAGCCCUUCUCUGGCUUCUGUUGUCUUACGAAGCAUGUUUUUAAGCUUAUCAUUGCAAUGAUGAGGGUUUAUAAAUUUGUGAUGUUGCUGUUUAAUGAAAAGUUAUAUUCUUGACCCGCUACAAUAUGUGGCUAGAACCCUCUGUCUUAUGAGAAUGCAGAAUGCCGAUACUGUUUAAGACAACUGAGGCAGAAUAGUGUUUCCUAAUUGGGUUUUUUUUUUCAAGUUUUUUUUUCUAUUUUUUUUAAAUAUGAAGGAUCUCGCUGGUAAGACCCACCGGUAAAGCUAAAGUUUAAAGACAGUAGACUUUCCUUGAGGUGGGGAAGAAGAGCUUUAAUCAUUUUCUGGCUACCAAAGGUAUGGAGAAACAACUUGAACUGACAUUGCCUAUUUUCUAUAGAUCUCAUGUGAAUGUACUAUCAGCUAUCUACUUUCAAAAGAAAUAGAACUCCAGCUGGCUUUUAAUAACCACAUUCCAUUAACCCCCUUCCCCUUGUCUUAAUAAAACUUUAAAGUUGAAGAAUAGUCUUAACAAAGGAGCUGUAUUUUUAAAAUAAAUAUGUGAAAGUUUUUGUUAUUCCUUUAUCAAAUAUAAUGACUGGGUUCAUUACUGCUUACUUCCAUGCGAUCCAGCACUUGAAUUAUUACAGAACUUGAUCCCUUAUGAAUACUUCCCGUAGAACAGGGCUAUGGAGUCCCCAUCAUCUUGAAGGCUGUACUAGACUCUGGGUGGCUUACGUAGAGCUGCACUUAAAAAUGGUGGAGUCUGAACUCAGAGUGGGAACAGGCUCAGGAGUUUUCAGGGAUGACAUGUAGGUACCUCAAGGACCUCCAUGGCUUAAGCCAUCCAUUUUGCUUCUUAAAACUUGUAACCCCACCCACCUCCAUGUGAAAAUACAGGCCAAAUGGGUUUAGAAUUGCAGUCUUAUUGCAGGAUCCUUUUUUACUCAGAAGUUCUUGGGAUUUAUUCUUAAGUCCCGGUUGACUUGAAUCACUUUCAUUUACUAGGAUUCCAUAAUUAUUUUUGGUCGGUGACAACUGAGAACUCUGUGUUUUGUUCCUUAAUCUUGACUUCAUUUUGCCAGCAAAAUUUUUCUCUAUAUAUACUGUAUGGGCCACUUACACUUCCGUGUCUGCUUCAUGUUUUUGACAAAGCAGAUCUCUGAAACAAUGAGUAUAUGCUGCAAUAAAUAUGUUAGUCUUUAAGCUGCAACAGAUGUUUAUGCCCACUUAAGUGUGCACUGGAUCACAGUCUCGGUUAAAUGUUUUUCUUCUUGACAAUAGUCAGACUGGAGAGCCUUUAUGAUGCAAUAAGAUUACAGCCACACAUGCAAGGAAAAUGUUGGUUUUGAAUAAAUAUGCUUAUGAUUCUACUUCAUGAAUCAAAUUAUUAUUUGUUGCAAAAUCCAAACCUUACUGUAUUGCACUGAAUUUUGCACCUAGAAGAUCAGCCUCUCUUCCCCGUUGCUUGCUGUAUGGAGUUAGUGAUGAUGCCUCUGAAUUUUUAUUGGCCUUAUAGGAGACCCUCUUUAGAGUGAGAUGUUCUAAUAUAUUUCUUCCCUUCCUCCUCCUCCACCUUCCAUUCCAUGUUUUUGGAUCAAAGCAAUACCCAAAUAAUUAGCUAUUCAAAUAAUAGUACAGCCAUAAUUACAGAAAAAGUGUUAUUUGGAAAUAGACAGAAGGGUAAUGCAUGUUUCUGUAAAAAUAAUAAAUUGAA